UAUAAAAGCGUGUAUUUCGAUACCUUAAGUUGGCUAUCCUCCUUACAUUUUAUCUACCAUGAAGUUCUCCACUGCCUUCGCCGCAAUUUCCAUCGCCUCUGUUCACCAGUUGGCACAAGCACUUCCCGCAAAGCGCGCGUCGAACUCUACUGGAGGUUACUCUCCAUCAGUGAUCGAAGUCUUGAACUUUGCGCUGACCUUGGAACACCUCGAAAGCACGUUCUAUGCUCAGGGUGUGCAAAAUUAUACUCAGCAGGACUUCGUAAACGCAGGUCUCCCUGAUUUUGCGCAGGGAAGGUUCAAAGAGAUCUGUGACCAGGAGGCUACCCACGUUUCCUUUCUUUCUGGAGUCCUUGGAAGUCAAGCUGUUAACGCCUGCACAUACAAUUUCCCAGUGACCGAUCCCAAGUCGUUUGCGGCGUUUAGUUACAUGUUGGAGAACGUUGGUGUAUCCGCUUAUUCAGGUGCUGCUAAGCUCCUCGUCAGCGACACUACCUAUAUAAGUGCUGCUGCCUCUAUUUUGGCUGUAGAAGCAAGACAUUCCGCCUGGGUCAACUCUGCCGUUCUAAUGGCUAACCCCUGGAACUCGGCUUUCGACACUCCUCUUGAUCUUAAUCAAGCAUAUACCAUCGCUUCCGGAUUAAUCACGUCAUGCCCUUCGAACAACAUGGCGCUCCCCGUCAAGGCUUUCCCCAUGCUUACAUUCCCCUCUACCGCCCAGCCCAACCAGACUGUUCAAGUAAGCUUCUCGGCGAACACAACCUCGUCAAACGACCUCUACGUCGCGUUCCUGUCCGGACUCACACCUACCAUCGUGCCGCUCAAGAAUAACACGGUCACCAUUCCUGGUAUGCUCCAGGGUGUCGUGUUCGCUCUCGUGGUCAACAGUAGCAACAGCACUAGUGACAAUGUGACUGUCGCUGGUCCUUCUUUCCUGAGCUUUGACUAUAAUCAGAUGGGUCAGGCUGAAAUACAGGGAUAG